UUGUUUGACAGUGGUUAGCCUUGAAACAUCAUAGUCGCCGUUACAUCGGCUCAGUAUAAUUGCGCGUACGCAUUCGAGAGAAUCUAAGACCGUCUUUCUCAAGUUCACCAGUUGCCGCUUGUUAACACGUGUGCGAUAUUCCUACAUCUUUUCUCUUUUGCAAGAAGAGGACGGCGCGUUGCUAAGAAUCCUUUCCCAGCGGCUCGAUCUCGUGUCCAGUAGUGAGGAUGAAGUAUCUGUACAUCGGUUUUGCGCUUCUCGCAUUUAACUGUGUGACAUGGGGACAGGACGUAUCGUAUCCAACCGACGAGGAAACCUCCCACGUCAGCGGCGGAAACUCUACGACGAUAGAGGACCGUAUACCCGUAUCGGAACCGGACAGUUGCCCGAAAGACAUGCUUCGCUACCCAGGAGAUGGCGGAAAGGAUAGCUGGGUGUGCGAUUGUAGGCCUCGAUUCUUGUACUUCCCGUUGAACGACUCUUGCUACGAAGCCUAUAGACAAGGCCCCUGUCCGCCGAAAAACUAUGUCGUUCUUCCUGAAGACGAGGCGGUUCCCCGUUGCGUCGAGAAUCCUUGCUCGGUAGACGGCGAGGUGCAGUUUAACGAUACAUGCUAUCCUCUUAGAACCAGAGGCGGUCCAUGCGCGCCCGACGGAGUAAUAGGCGUGAACGAAACUACUUUCGAAUUGGAGUGCGUAGAGGCAAGCAUUGCGCCUUUUAUAAUAAUCGAGCUUCCCACACGAGUAUGUCCGCCAGGCAGCAAGAGAAGCACACUCGGAGCAUGCAAGAAAGUUCUUAGACUUAGUAAAGUACGUCAGGCUGCAUCAGGAUAACUUCGGUAUAUGUAUUUUGUAAUUUAUAUAUAUACAAAAUUACAGGCGCGCUUGUUAAUAAAAUAUAAUGGAUACACUUAAAGAGCAUUAAAUAACAAAAGCGUCACGUAACAAAUAUCUCUUGUAUCGUAUUCUUAAGCCUAACAAUCUGGUAGCCCAUGUUAUAAAUUGCCUAUACACGCACGUACAUACAGUGCUACGUAUGUAUGUAUACCUAACAGAAACGAAAAAAUAUAUAAAAAAAAGCAUUUAUUAACUCUGAUUACUUAUUACAAUUAUAUGCUUGUAUCAGUUCAUUAUAUAUUUGGUUUAUAAAUAUAUUGUAAUAUAUACAUUGUUAACAC